AUUUACAACUAUACAACCGGGAGGCCGAUUCUAGUAGAAAUUGCUGGUGUCGGUCGUGCCUGUCUGUUGGCUGUAUACUGUACCAUGUACAUAUCUUUGGGGAAAAAAUGAACUGUAUGUGUCCGCGAGUGACUGUAGAUUAGCAUGAUUUAAUCGCGUGAGAUGAGACUGAAAGAAGGGGGCCCCGGCCCCCCGACGAUAGUGACUUUUGUGACUGUAUUAAUGUGGUUUUUGGUUUUGGGGUGCCUCGGGGUGGUGCGUGGGGAUAAGAGCAAGUCUUACUCGAUGCAAACCCUAUGCAAAAAUCAUUUCCUGCAGCAACUUUAUAGAAAAAUUGAUGGCGCGGUACUUUGGAGCCAAAACGAACGGAAUCUGGAUUGCGUGAUUACUUUUCAAACGCAUUCGAUUCUGCAGAGGUUUAUGCUGAGGUUUGAUGGAUUACAGCUCGAUUGUAAUGAUCACUUAUAUAUUUAUGAUGGCGCACAUGCUGUUGGGACAUAUAAGUUCGAUUUGUCCUGCAAAAAUACGAAACAAAUGUUGGGCGCCAUGUUUACACGUACCAAUUACGUCACAUUGAAAUAUGUUACCGAUAGUUGGGGCACAGACACUAAUGGAUUUAAACUGGUUAUUACUGCAGUUAAAGAUCCAAAACAUGCAUGUACAGAAUUUCGAUGCAACCUGCGCGAGUUUUGCAUCUCCACUGACCUGGUGUGCGAUGGAAUCAACCAUUGCGCAGACGGGUCGGAUGAAUCGUCCAAUAAUUUAUGCCAAAACAACGAUACAAAUACCAUCCUAGGACUAGAAAUGACCUGGUUCGUGGUAGUGGUAAUUAGCACGGUACUGGUGGUACUCGUACUGGUUGUAGCGAUAUCAGUAUGUGUAUGUAGGAGAGGGUCGUGGCAUAAUCGACAUGGAAAUUCUGUGCAGCAACAGAAUGCAUCAUAUUCCUUAGCCCAAAUGUACGGCUCAAACGGUCAUAUGGCCGUAAAACCAAUGAGCGGUACAGGAGACAGUACGACGAAUCUGGCGGUGGACGGUGGCGGCACGACCACGUUGCCGCCGGGAAACUGGUGCCGCCCUGCGGGCCCGGGUGGGUUCCGCACGUUGCUGGCCCGGGGCCGCCUCUACUGCCUGGCAGAGUAGCCGCGCCGCCUCCUUCUGCGCCCGCCCCCCAAAACGGGGGCAGCGGCGAUGCGCAUCAAAAUAAUGCGCAGCAGAAGGACGAGUGGUUCGUCUAGCAGUAGGAGGUCCCGGGUCGUAGCCUGCAGGGUGAGCCGAGUUCGUACCGAACCCAGCACUCGGCCGUUAGCACAGUUUUCUACGAUACCGACAAUCCGCGACAUCUACCGUGAGAUUGUUACUCUAUUUUAUAUUGUCUUGUCGUUUUAGCUCCAUUACGUGUGGACUCUUGAAUUUUUACUAUUGAGUAUGUGAACGACGGUAAUUCUGAUUUUUAAUUGUAAAUGAAAGUGUGAUGCCUGAUUAGUUAAAAAAAAAACCUUUGUCUGUGUUAAUAUUUUAUUAUAAAAUGAUAUUGGUAAGAGUUUGCGUAAAGCGGGAGUGUUUUUUUUGUUAUUAAAAAUGUAUUAGCCCAACAAAAAACAAAUUGAGGCUUGGGAAAAAUUUUAGUUUAAAUAAUAUUAAUGCGAAUCAUUUACAGGUCAUUCCACGACAUAAUUUCAUGCUGUAUAUUUAAAGUUAAAUAUGUAUGGCAUAAAGCCGUCAACUUAUUAUAUACACCAUGCUAGUUGGAAGAUUUUAACUAUUAACAAAUAUAUGAUUUAUAUGAUCUCCUUUUAAUACAUCAAUAAUAAUAAAACACUCUUGCAGUCAUAUAAUAAAUUUAUUCAUCCCCCAUUUAUCCGACUUUAUACAGCAUCACCCGACAGACGAAGAAAGUUUCCAUUCCCGAAAAAUUCUUUUUUAAUGAGUCUAAAAGUUUCAUUCUCGGCGAGCAAGAUCAUCCCUCAUAAAACCGUCCGCCCAGACGAAAAAAUCCCGGAAAAAUCCGGGGGUGCACUUUUAAAAGUUAAAAGUUUCUUGAGAGGCGUGCAUGUAUGGCCCGGAAAAUAUGUAGCGCACCAACUUUUUAAUAUUAUCGAAGUUUGGUGCGGAUGGGACAUUUUUCAUGCCCGGAAGGACGGGGUGGAUGUUUUUCUAUUCCGAAAGGAUAAAAAUAUGUAGGUCGAAGGAAUUUUAUUGUUCUUACGUUAACUUUUAAGAGGGUUAGCACGAAUUCGGAAGUUAUUAAUUCGGGAUAAAAAAAGAGAAAGGCUGAUUCAUUUAUAUAAAAUUAAUAUGUUUUCAAUAAUAUAUGUAAAUUUUUUUUGUAAAAGCUAAAUGUUUUUUGAAAGCCUUUAAAAUAUUGAAGGAUUUAAACAAGUUAUAUUUACAAUCUUGAUGUUUUCCUGCUAGCCCAGAAUAGCCUACGUAACUGGUAUAGCUGUCAACUACACUGCCAGAAAUAUGAUUCUAUUUCUACUGACAUUUAGUCUAUUUAAUUAGUCAUCCCCAUUAUACAUAGGUACAACAAAUAUAUUUAAUUUUAAGCCUUGAAACAUUUAAGUCAGCUUCUGUACAAAAGUAUUCCUCCAAACUUUUCGGUUUUUUAAUGUUAUUUAAGUGAUAAAAGCGUAAAUGUUUUUCAAAAGAAUUCGAAGAGAUUCAAUAUUAAAAUUAGUGCUUACUUAACCAAAAGUAAAAAAAAAAGUUUUAUAUACUUAAAGUGGAUUAGACUAAUGGCUUAAAAAAAUGAUUUAAACUUUAUUUAAAAAAAUAUCUUUAGAUUUAUUAUGAAGAAAAUUCAUAUUUUACAUUAUGUCAGCAGUUACAACUCCUUCAGUAGUUGUAGUAAUAGCAAAACUUAGCUUAAAUUGAAUUUCAAAUUUAAAAAUUGCUUAUUGGUAUUAACAUAAAAGCUGCAGAAGAAAAAUAAAGCUAAAAACAAAGAUACCUACUAAAACUAUCCAAAGUAUACAUUUUAAAAAUAAUAAUAAAAAUUAAAAUAAAAGAAAAUGUGGGCUGUAACAUGGUAACAUCAGAAAAGUGUAUAAAGGUAAAAAAGAAUACGUAAAUAAAACUAAAAUGUGGCCAAAAAUAUAAAUACGGACGUUUUAAAGGUUACGCUCAAAGAAUUCGUUUAAAGUAUCGAAAGCUUCACUCAGCAACAGCUUUUUCAUCCCCUUGCUACUAAAUCUAACGUCACAUUAAAUAGUUCGCAAAUUUAAAGGUAGGUGGUUAAAAAUCUUUUUGCCUCCAUAUAUAAAAUCCGCUCUUAACUUUUCAGUUUUUGGAAUAGGAAGAGGCAGAAAGGAGGUAUUGCAAAGGUUGUAGUCAGAUAGAUGAUGAAGCUCAUAUUUAUAUUUUUUAUAAACUAUAGCAGCGGUGGUCCAUUUAACUUAAGACAUCGCAAUAUCUCGAAAACAUGUAUCCAGAAAAUGUUUCAUGUGAAAUUUGAAUGGUUUUCAGGGGCCAUAAAAUGACGUCAGUGGUUUGAUCUUAAAUGGACGUCUUUAAGGUCAAAUGAAGGUCAACUUCACUUUUUUGCAUAGAAACCUCUAUUUUUUUAAAUACUAUCUGAUUUUGCGUUAGAAAAUAAGUUACUUUCAUCUGACAUUUUUUUACAUGCGACCUCUCCUUUUCAAGAUAUUAAUUCUUGAUUCUUUUACCAAUUUUUUCCUUACAAUGACAUUUGCCCUUGUAGGUGGUAUCUGAUGAUAUAUCAAAAGGAGUGAGAGUAUCUUAUAAUAGAAUUUUAUUAUCAACGGAAUCAAAAACUUUAAAAUAAAAGGUACAAAGUUCAAAUAAGAAAUUGAAACAAAAAAAGUCAGAAAAUUAUUUCAAUAAAUGUUUAAAGUAUUCACCUUACACUUCUAUACAUUUUUCGACUUGCUUUCUAAACGAUCGAUGAACAGAGUGCAGCAUCUGUGGAGUUAUCUGCCUGCAAACCUCCGUGAUUCGCAGCUUCAUAUUUUCGGGAGUCGUUGGUGGAUCGCGAUAUACGAUCUCCUUGAAAUAACCUCAUAGAAAAAAAUCUAAGGGCGUCAAAUCAGGUGACCGUGGUGGCCAGUGGACUGCUCCACCGUGACCUAUCCAACGUCCAUUAAAGUCACGAUCCAACACUUGGCACGCAAAGCGUGAAUAAUGUGCAGGACAACCAUCAUGCUGGUACCACAUAUUUAGUCUCAGACUUCUUCCAAAAAUACUGGUAGAAUCUCCAGCAAAAAAUUAUGGUAUUUUUGGCCUGUAAGGACACCAUCAAUAAAAUAAGGUCCUAUGAGUUUAUCAUUGAUGAUGCCACACCAGACAUUCACAGACCAUGGCCGAUGAUAUGAUGCGCGCAUGUUAUGACGAUUAACUACACCAUAGUUUGUAAAUGAAGUGAAUAAGACGCGCAUAAAGAAAUUGUUAUUUUCAUGCAACUGAUUUUGGGCCCAUUCACAAAAAAACACUUGAUUUUGGAAAUCAUUCCUGUGGAGCUCUUGAUGUAACGACAAGUGAUACGGAUGAAACUUGUGGCGUUUCAAAACUCUCAGGACACUUGUUUUGGAGAUUCCAGAAGCAGAAGAAAUUGAUCGUGAACUGACUCCGGGAUUAUGGGCAACUGCAGCUAAGACUGCAAUUUCAUUAUUUUGACUGGUAAUGCUUCUCUUUUGUGAUCGAUUUAUCGUUCUCACACUUUCAUCUUCUAUAAAGUGGUUCACUACCCUAUAAAAUGAUGCUCGCGAUGGAAGUCGCCGUUGAGGAUGUCGCAUGGUAUACAGUUCAAUGGCUCUAUUAAUAUUCCGUUCAGAUUCACCAUAAAUAAGGACCAUUUCAACUUUUUCAUAUAUUGUUAGGCACUCCAUAGUCACUUAACAAAAUAGUCAAAUACUUAAUAACUUAGCGAAUACUGUGAACCAAAAUAAUCUCUUAUUUACCUUAUUCAUUAGUAUUUAUUUACAAUCGCCUGAAAUACCUGGAAUAAAAACGUGAGUUCUGUUCACUAUAGAAAAUUUUCGCAUCAUAACAACUUGCAUUGAUCAUUGAUCAAUAAUGCCUUGUCACAACAAUAUUGAAGAAUUGCUGAAGCAAAGCUAUUCCUGUUUCUAAUGUCAUUGUCAGGGAAAAAAAUCGUAAAAGGAUCAAGAAUUAAUAUCUUGAAAAGGAGAGAUCGCAUGUAAAAAAGUGUCAAAUAAAAGUUACUUAUUUUUUAAUGCUAAACAAGAUACCAUUAAAGAAAAAUAGAGGUUUCUAUGCAAAAAAGUAAAGUUGACCUUUAUUUGACCUUCAAGAAGUCCACUAAAGGUCAAACCAAUGACGUCAUUUUAUGGCCCCCUGGAAACAAUUCAAACUUCACAUGAAACAUGUUCUAAAUACAUGUUUGGUUUUCGAGAUAUUUCGAUGUCUCAAGUUAAAUGGGCCACCCUGUAUUAACAGCUAAUAGAAUGUUUUAGAAACAGAUCACGGCAAGGAGUAUAAAAUGGGACUCGACACAAAAAACAAAAAAAGAUAAUAAAAGAAAAUAGAGUUAUUACUUAUUUAAAUUGUUACGUGUAAUGAUGAUAACAAUAUGCUAUUAUUGUGAAAUCAACAUGUAAUAUCGUAAUUAUUGAACUACGUACUACACAAAUUUAAAAAAAAAAACUAAAGUUAUAUUUCUGGAAAACUCGAGAAGGAUCUUACCGUGCUCAUCUGAAUAUAUGACAAAAAACUGUCCUCUUUGUCUGAUAACAAUACAAACUUAUCAGAUUGUUUAGAUGGACCUUAAACACCACAAAGAUAAUCGUUAAUAGAGAUAUUUAGUAACUCGUUCACCCAAUAGAAGAAUUUAUUCUAAGUCAUAUUUAAAUACUAGAGAGUCCCUGUUAUAACAAAUUUAUUUUACUAGGUUUAGUUUUGGUGAUACAAUGGGAUAUUUGAAAGCUGAAAUAAGGGGUUGGAAUAAUAGUUGUAAGACAUACUGGUAGAUGCGUGUUUAAUUUAAUCCCAAUGUCCGACACAGCAAUGCUACUCCGAGUAAAAGCUCCAUCCUGUAAAUAUGAACAUAGUGCAAAUAUAAGAAGAAGAGAAAGUUGAAAGUCUACUAAAGAAACCAAAGCACGACUCCCAACCUUUUGGUUUGGGAGUCGUGUUAAAGCGGACAUUGAAUCAGAUUAUAUAUCUCUAGUAGAAGUUGUAAGAGUGAAACUGCAGAAAGCUAAGAAGAAAAUGAUUCUUCAAUAUGACAUGAAGGGUCUAGAGCAAUCCCUUAUAAAACAAAAAGCAAUAAGUAAACGCAAAUGUAAAAAAUUGAAAGAGGUGAAUGACAUGUAGACGGAAAUUAACGAAUUCACCAAGAUAAUAGAUUCAACAAAGAAAGAAUUUUUAAAACUAAAAAAGAAAUUUUGGAUAACCAGUGAAAUCUUAAAACUAAUGGAACAACGAACAAUACAUAAAGGUGAUGAAAAAGAAUACAAAAAAACCCAUACACAUAUUAAGAAAAAAAAUAGAGAAGCCAAAAAAAGAAGCAGCAGAGAGAGGUGCAGAAAUAGAAAUACUACAUACUAGACAGGACAGGAACCUUUAACAAGCGACGAGCUAUGAACAUCAUAGAGAUAAACGUAAAAAUUAUUAUUGUCAAAUAUGAUCUGAAAAAUAGGUGAAAGUCAUAUAUAGUAAAGUUUUUGAGAGAGGUACAGUACUACAGGCACCCAUACUAAUCCACGAGGUAGAAAUAGCAAUAAAACAAAUGAAAAACAAAAAAGCAGUGGGAGUAGAGAAUAUUAAGGCUGAAUUUCUAAAGUUGUUGGAUGAUGAAGGAAUGGCCUGAACCGACAUCUUCAACAGAAUCAACAACUCUAGAAACAUCUUCGAAAAAUUUGCAAAUUUUGGUUGCAAUCAGAAUUUAUAACGUUGCCCAAAAUACCUUGACCAAAAAAGUGUGAGGAAUAUCGGACCAUCAGUCUGAUGAGUCGUAUGCUAAAAUAGUUGUUAAAAUUAUCUACAGAAGUAUUUACAACAAAUGCAAAGAACAGAUAUCCGAAAACCAAUUUGGUUUUAUAAAGGCAGUCGGAACCAGAGAGUCAUUCUUUGAAGUUUAAGCCCUAAUGCAGAGAUAUUACCUAUGAUGUAUGCGUUUGUCUAAUCGAUUAUGAAAAAGCACUUAUUUGCAUUUCACAUCAUAAAAUGAUCAAUAUCCUGGAAGAGCCCGGUUUGGACGAUAAAGACAUCAAAUUAAUUUGAAAUCUCUACUGGAAUCAGCCAGCAUGCUUAAGACUUGAUGGAGAUCGGACGGAACAGGUGAAAUUACAGCAUAAGAUCAGACAGGGGUGUGUCUUCUCGCCUUUGAUAUUCAACUUUUGUUCCAAAAAAAAAAUUCAUCGAAGCCCUUAACCAUCAUAAAUGAACAACGGAACAGUGCACAAGAAAUGAAAUGUCGUAUAGGAAAAACAAGGAUGGUAUUUCACAAAAUGUUUGCCAUAUUCAACAACAAGUUACAACAUAUCUCUUAAAACGCAAGUAGAGCACUUAAAAUGCAAUGUGUUUUAUUGCAUGGUGUAGAAUUCUGGAUAGUCACAAAAGCCACCACAAAAAAUCGGAUAGCAUUUGAAAUGUGGCUGUAUAGAAGAAUGUGCAGGAUACCAUGGACAGCUCACGUUAAUACAAUAAUGAAAAAAGAUCUACAAGUCAUGUACACCAUUAAGAAAAGAAAACUAGAAUACCUGAGCCUGUUCUGAUAAAUAAAUACCGAUACUCCUUGUAUUGUGUUACUGCAAACCAUUCUUCAAGGAAAAGUCUCGAAUAAAAGACAGCCUGGAAGAAAAAUAACAUCAUGGUUGCGACACCUACGGACUUGGUUUGAGAAAGGUUUGUAGAACGAUUUCGAAUUGUUACAAAAAAAAAUAUACUUGCCAACAUCAUUGCCAACAUCCGAAACGUCAAACCUCUUAUAAAACAAAAAGCAAGCGAAUACAGUAAACGCAGAUAUAAAAAAUUAAAAGAGGUGAAUAACAUACAGGCGAUAAUUAAUGAAUUCACCAAUGAAGCAGAUAGAUUCAACAAAGAAAGAAUUUUUAAAACCAGUAAAGAAAUCCAAAAAUGAAAUCUUUGAUAACCAGUUAAAUUUUGAAACUAAUGAGAUAACGAAGAAUACAUAAAGGUGAUGAAAAAGAAUACAAAAAACCCAGAAACAUAUUAGGCACAGAAGUAGAAAUACUACAUACUAUACAGGACAGCUUUAACCUUCACAAAAAAGUAAAGAGAUAACAGAAAUAUUUAACAAGCGACAAGCUAUGAAUAUCAUAAAGAUAAACGGAAAAAAUAUUAUCAUCAAACAACUCUAGAAAUAUCUUCGAAAAAUUUGCAAAUUUUGGUUGCAAUCAGAAUUUAUAACGUUGCCCAAAAUACCUUGACCAAAGAAGUGCAAGGAAUAUUGGAUCAUCAGUCUGAUGACAUAUGCUAAAAUUAGUUCUUAAUAUUAUCUAUAUAGGUAUCUACAACAAAUGCAACAAACAGAUAUCCAAAAACCAAUUUGGUUUCAUAAAGGCAGUCGGAACCAGAGAGUUUUUCUUUGAAGUUUAAGUCCUAAUCCAAAGAUGCAGAGAUAUUAACUAUGAUGUAUACGUUUGUCUAAUCGAGUAUGAAAAAGCACUUAAUUGCGUUCAACAUCAUAAAAUGAUCAAUAUCCUGGAAGAGGCCGGUUUGGACGAUAAAGACAUCAGAUUAAUUUGAAAUCUCUACUUGAAUCAGCCAGCAUGCUUAAGACUUGAUGGAAAUCGAACGGAACAGGUGAAAUUACAACAUAAAAUCAGACAGGGGUGUGUCCUCUCGCCUUUAAUAUUUAACUUGUACUCCAAAAAAAAUUCCAAAGAAGCACAAAAUUUCACGAUUAUUUCACAAAAUGUGUCCCAUUUUCAACAAAAGUCACUGUAAAAUGCAAGUAAGGCACUUAAAAUGCAAUAUCUUUUCUAUUUUAUUAUAUGGUGUAGAGUUCUGGACAGUUACAAAAGCUACCACUAAAGAUCUGAUAUCAUUGGAGAUAUCGCUGUAUAGAAGAAUGCUCAGGAUACCAUAGACAGCUCACAUUACGAACAUAGAAGUUCUAAGGAUAAUGAAAAAAGAUUUACAAGUCAUGUACACCAUUAAGAAAAGAAAACCAGAAUAUCUGGGCUAAUGUUAUGAGAAAUAAAUAUCGAUACUCCUUACCGCAAACCAUACUUCAAGGAAAUGUGGCGAAUAAAAGAGAACCCGGAAGAAAAAUAACGUCAUAGUUGCGACACCUUGACAUAGACAUGGUUUGAGAAAAGAUCAGUAGAACGGUUUUGAGUUAUUACAAAAAAAAUAUAUACUUGCCAACACGAUUACCGAAACGAACGACCGAUACCAGAAGAAGAAUAAGAAGAAUGGGAUAUUAGUAUUAUCUGCAAAAAUUAAUUAAUUGAGGCAACUCUGUGGAGAAGGAAAAUUAUGGACAUACAAUAAAUAGAACCUAUAAAGAGUUUUUGGUUACAUCACAAUUGGACAGGUUGAAGGUCUCUGAAAUACCAACUUUCUGGAGGAUAUUUGAUAUCGAUGAGUUAAUAAAUGCAAAUCCAGAAAUAAACCAUAAUGUCUCACUUCAUCAGCACUAGGAUGCUUUGACCUCAGAGUGAAGUGCACUGAUCUUUAUUUUAAGCAUUAAAAGAUAUUUAACAGUCAGGUAAGCUUUUUAUCUUAUUUUAGGGAAAUUAGAUAUUUUUUGAGCAAUAAAGUCAUAUUUUCUAUCCUAAAAUAACUGAAGAGAAGAGAGUGAAUAAUUUGUGUAGGAUGAGAUCUUAGGAUAUUAAUUCAGAACCCUUUUAUCGCAAGAAUACGUUAUUUGUUAGCCAACUAAUCCAAAUAAUCAGGUUAUCUCUUUCAGACUGCAAGGCAUAUUAAAAAGUUAAUUAGGGAUUAAUUCUUGUUGCAUUGUCGAAGUAGUUUGGACUAUUUCACUUCUUAAUAGUAAAAUCAGCCUAAGGCAAAAUGACCUGCAAUUUGUAUCCAUGAAAUAACAAAAUGGAUAGCCCCUAACUCAAAUUUUAACAGAUACCUAUAAAAUAUAGAAAAGUAAAUUAAACCUUUUAUCUUAUUCUAAUAAUUAAAUGACUAGUAAUCAUUUAAACUAAGUAACAAAAUAGUUAGGAAUAAUUAGUAAGAUAGUUAUGUCAACUCAAACCAUAAGAGCUGAUCUAAGUGAAAUUAACCAAGUCUUUAUUAUUACUAAGGACGAGAUAGUUGGCGAGCUACUAAACGCUGAAAGCGUAAAAGAUUAUUAAAUUCAAGAUCAAGUAAAAAAUUCAAUAUUAUUUCAUAGAUGGUUUAAUAAUGAGAAAACUGAACCUGAUGUAGUAAAAAAUAUUUAAAAAAGAAACCAUUUUCUGAAGUAAAAAGAUGGCAGUCUCUAGAUUUCAAGUUAAGUGAUUCCCAUGCUCAGAAAGUUAAUAGCCAAAUAAGGGCGAAAGAGUUGGAAGUUAACAAUGAUCUCUUGUUUAUAGGAUAAGGUAGUUAUUUCUAUUAGAUUAAGAUUUAAUUCAUUUAUCAGAAGUAUUUCAAAUCCUAAACUAUUAACCUCUUCUCUUGAAUUUUAAUGCUAAACAAAUUGUUAAUAGAUUAUAUACAUAUAAAUAGCUGAUAAACAUUAUAAUUGAACAUUAAAAAACCCAAAGACCUGGAUUCUUACAUAUAGCAUCAGAGAUUAUCUAAGUCGUAAAAGAUCAUUGAAAGUCAACAGGUUUUCAGGACUAUCCUAAGAACAUGAUAGUUGGUAGCAUACCUAGUCCAGAUACAAUUUAGUCAAAGUUUUACUUCUCGUCCAAGGACAAGGUCAUUUUUUCUCUUACUUUAACUGUAAGAAAUCUUUAAAAGCCAUGGAAACCUUUUAUUUUAUUCUUGAAACGAGGUAAUUGAGGCCUUUAGUUUGACCGUAUGAUUAGGCAGUAAUAUCAUAUUUUCAUCGUUUUACUUUAACUAGAAAACGCCCGUAAAUUCUAUAGGUUUUUAUAAUUUUUCUUCGAGGCAUCUUUUUAAGUUAAAAAAGAGGAAAAAGUCAUUAGGUGUCAAAUCUGUCUAAUAAGGUAGUAAUUCAAACCGCAACCUCUUCAUAUUGCAACUGUGAAAGUGUGAACUCAAAAACAUUGACUUAAUGAAAAAGAACUUUUUUGGACCGCAAACGACCAAAAAGUGUUGCAUUGUAAGUCUUCUGUAAUUGUUUUAUCUUUCUGUAAAUCAAUUAAUCUAUCUAAUGUGUUUGGAAUCCCAAAAAAUAAUGAAAAUAAUGGUCAUAAUCUCUGCAGUCGAUAAAAUCUUUUGCUCUUUUUAGCAACUUCUUAUCCGACGUUAUUAAUUGCUUUGACUGUCCAUUGCAUUGCUGAUUCGACUCAGGAAUAUAGUGAUGUGUCCAUGUCGCAUCCAUAGCUAUAAGUCUAUUUGAUAACAUCAAAUCAUCGAUGAAUACUACCCAGUAUUGAUCUAUAGAUGAUUUUGUUUUCAACAAUCACGGCACUCAUGGGGCACAAAGUUUUGUGAUACACAAAUGUUGCUGCAAAAUGUUUUCUAUAGUACCGAUUAAAAUGGCUAUAAAUUCAGUUAUUUCACGAAUUUUUAUUCGUCGAGAAUUGGUAACAAUAUGAUAUAUUUUCACAAUUAUUUUUGAUGUAGUUACUUUGACUUUCACACAGACAUGUUCUUUCUCUAUGAAAUAAUUAACUAUCAGAGUGACUCAAGUUAUCUAAUAUCCCAAAUACCUUUCCAUAUAUCUCAGCGAAAUUUUCGAAAUUCUUAUUUGUUUCCAGUGUGUUUGUAUAGAAUCAAUGUAGCAAGGAAUUCGCCGUUAAGUCGUAUGCUUUCCUUAUAUAAUUUCAAAUUUUUUUCUGUAGAUUUAUUUUGCCGCUCUCUUUCUAUGUUUAAGAAGAGAAUAAGAGAUCCUUGUUCUAAUUAACAAGAACACAGAAUUAGAAACUUAUCACUUUAUUGUAUUUCUGCUCUUGUAUUAUUUUUUAAUUUUGUAUUAGCUAAGUACACCUGAAACCCUUUGUAAUUUGUGGAUGUUCCUUUGGGUUUCGGCCUGUUAACAUCGUCAUUUGUCAAAAUUAGUUUAUUCAAAAAUAAUACUAUUUAAAGUCGGUAAAAUACAAUGAACAGCAUCCAAUUAAGUUUUAAUCUGGGUCGCGAUCCACUGUUUCAGAGAGAAAUACUGCUCGAAACUCUUUUUUUUCCCAUUAUUAAAAGUAAUAAUGCGUAAUAGAGUAAUAAUAAUUAAAGCUAAAUAUGGUGUGACGGCCUGCAUUAAAUAACUGUCAUACCGAAACUAGAACAUUGGAUCUUACUGUAACUUUGUAGAGCUUUCUCAGAAGAAUAUAGCUACUUGUAUGAAUCACCCAUAUGUUCAUCGUUGUUGUUAUUAACAAAAUGGCAAAAUCGGGUUUGUCCUGGGGAUGACUUAUGAAAUAAACUAAACAUCUAUAUGCGGAGACUUAUAUGACAUUAAAACCUUAUUUCCUGACUCCAACUAAAUGACCUAACUCAAUUAUUUUAAACUCAUUAGCAGUCUUCUUCUGUCGGGUGCCAUAUUAAAUGGAAGACAAUACCUCUCAUCAUUCCUCACAUUGCUUAUCAUGUAAAUUAUCAAUAAAUAUAAGGUCUGAUUGAUUCACUUAUGGCAAAGACUGAUCGGCGCCAUAUUUAGACGUGUAGUGACGUCAGAGUCAGCUUUUUUGAACUGCCUGAAUAUUCUCUGGGUACAACCAAGAACCACCCUUCUCCGGUGUACCCUUAUGAUUAGAAAACUAACGGGAGAAUGCUUGUUAAGAAAAAAAAAGACGCACACAGCCAACUUAGACAAAUACACUAUUAAAUGUUGUAGGAAAUAUAUAAAUGUAUAAUACACUAAAAAUCAUGUUAUAUAUUUAUGGGCGAAUCUCUUAAGAAAGUCUGUGGUCGAAGUUUCAAAUUUAAAACAGGGUGCCAAAUAUCGUAUUAUGUAUUUGCUUUUAGUUUGCACCAAUAAAUAAGGUCAAAUAGUUCACAUAUCUUGCCGUAUGGCGAUUAGUCAAAUUGUUGGGUCUAAGUUACACAUAUCAAUUAAUCACAGGGAAGCAAUAAUUCGUUCAUAUCUCGAACCACAGAUUUUCAGCAAAACAUUAAUUGUUUAUUUUUAUUAAGUUCCAAAGGGACUUACUAACCUAUUCGACUAGACUUAAAAAGGAUAAUAAAAAAUGCGCGUUUUCGAGCAAAUUCUAUUUGUCUAAUGUAACUUUUGACUUUGUAUAUGUAUAGAAGAUGAAUAUUUUAAGUCUCUACUAUUCUAAGCUCUAGUUCUAGUAAAAUUUUCUAUGUCGAUUUAAAUAUAUAUUGAUUGUGUGGGGCACACGCGAUAAAAUUUUGGACGUUUUAUUUUAUUUUAAAGGUAUUUGUAAUAAAAUGUUGCACCCAUCAAAAGUUGCAUUAAUAGAAGAGUAGUACAGCGAAAAUAAUUUGCGCCUAUAACCUUGCAUUACCCGCGGGUUCCCAUUAGCACCAUUAUUUGCAGGUGAGCACUAUGCUCACUUAUACUUUUCACGCCAUAUUUGCUUAAAAAAUAUAUCAUUGGGCAAAAUAAAUAAAAUUUGGUUACUAACAAAAUAUUUUAUUUUUAAAAUUAAAAGAAUUUUGGUACAUAAAAUACAACAAAAAAUUAACACAAAGUCAAAAUGCUCGGGUAAAAAUGUUUAGGCUAAUUAAACCUGAACUAACCUGAUUUAAAAACUUAAAAGCUGACACAAAGAAAACAAAAUAUAAAUGGAAAUCUUACAUACUGCCAACUUAUUUUUAGUCAGAGUUAGAUUUUACACAUUCCGUGCAUUAAGUAAUAGUAUGUUCUUUACAAAUUGCUUUUAGGCACUUAGCACAUUUCGAACUGGUCUUGCGGUUUUUCUUUCUUGGACAGUAAGAACAUUUCGGUCUGGAUUGAGGUACCUCCGGUUCUGUUAUAUCUAGUUUUUCUGUCAAAGGUAGGUUUAUAUAUUGUUUAAUUUGCAAGCUUAGAAGAUAUGGCAAUGUUUGUGUUUCACAUCGCAUCAUGUGAUGUUUUACAAGCUGUUCUGCCAAACAUUUCAGAUAUAAUCGCCUUGGGUCUUUUGAAUUCAGACUGUUGGAUCUAAAUAUGACAAACCCGUUUAUAUCUGCAAUAUUGAGGACUGAAAAAAAUACUGUCAUAGGCUACCUGCAAGUGAUUCUGGAUACAGAAUAAAUGCUUUUUAGCUGAUCUACUGUAUCAACUCCUGAUUUAUUUCUGUUAUAUUCAGUUAUAACUUUUGGUUUAAAUGCAUCACCUGAUUCAGGAUCAAUUGUAUCAUUUUCAUGAAAUGUAGAUAACAGCAAGACAUUUUUAUUUACCUUCGGAACAUAGGACACUAAUAAACAAUCUCUUCCAAAAGCAAACAUACUGCUACAUAUCUUUCUCUCUUUAGUUGCAACAAAGAUUUGUGGAAUUUCACGCUUGUUUUUGCGUAUGGUUCCAAUCAAAGUUAAUCUUUUAUUUUUUAGGAGGUCUAGAGCUAAAGGAACUAACGUAAACCAGUUAUCAUAUGUUAUAUUGCGCCCCGAGUUUGCUAUAUGCUCACACAAAUGAUGUACUAAACUGGCUGGGCUGUUGUCAAUCAUAAAUGGACCCUCUGGUUGUUUGCCAGCAUAAAUUUCCAUUUUUAUUGUGUAAAAUAAACGGCUGGCCAAUUGGCUCUUCCAAUGCAAUGCAAUGCAAUUGCAAAAAUUUUUAUUCCGUACUUGUUGGGCUUGCUUGGUAUAUAUUGCCGAAAGCUACAACGUCCACGGAACCCUUCCAACAUUUCGUCAAUCGUACAGUUUUCCCCUGGAGUGUAACAAGCCUGGCAUCUUUCUUGAAACUUUUAAAAUAUAUCUCUUACUGGUGCAAGUUUAUCGAUUUUUCUUCUUUCAGCUCUGGUGGAAAUAUCAUCAAAACGUAACGAGCGAAGUAAUAAAUAAAAGCGAUUUUUGGACAUUAACAGCCUAAAGAAUUCAGGAGCUGUUGCAUCAGUAGCCCAGAGGUUAUUCAGAUUCGUAUGUCUUGAUUUUAAAAUGCCUGCCAUGUACGAGAUAACAAAAACAGCUUUAAUUUCUUCAGCAUGUGUAUCCACAGCAUCCCUCGGACGGGAAAAAUUCUCAAGGAUACUAGAUAGAUAAAUAUUUGUACAUCGGACAAUUUCGUCAAUAAUUUGAUCCGGUAUAAAUAAAUUCCAUGUUUCAAACGACGUUCCGGUAAAUGCGUUAUUAU